AUGGGCCGGCGGCCCGAUGCAUCUGGCAGCCGUAACGGAGCACAACGACACCGAAGCACUCGCGCACGCAGUCAAACGCCACCGAAAAAAUCUAAUCUCAAUAACGCGAGGGGCAGUGAGGCACGACGCAAACGUGUUGAAAGUGCUCAUCAGUCGGCAGAACAAUUCGAAACAAGAAAUGCAGAUCAAAGAAUCAGGAUAGCAGGGAGUCGUGCACAAGAACAUCAAGAACAGCGUGACGAACGUCUGCGACAGACUAUUAUGAGAACAAGAGCAGCACGAGAGCAAAACAUAGCUACAGCUCGAGUACAAGAACGACAGAGGCAGCGGGAAAGCCGCUCAUCAUAA